AGUUCAGUCACAGCAGCCUUUGCAAAUCAGCUUAGUGAGGAAAAACUCAGCUAGAAAUCAAUGCGAGUUCUACUGUAAGAGAAACCAGGCAGUACAAUCUGCCGCUGACCGCGUUCAAGAAGUCAGGGGCAGCUGUCUUUAGCAGUCCUCUCAAUGCUUCUAGAGUUGGUGGCUGAGUUAAUUGCGUGCUGUUAUUAGUGACAGAAAUAUUAUCACGACAAAGGUGAUGGGUGGAAAGCAGUCCCGCAGCCUCUCCAACACAGAGUUGAAUGAGGUGAGUGUGGGCCAAAGGAGGAAGGGUACAAUUAGAGAUGAGCAGACCAGCCUGUCCUGGGCAGCAGAGAGGAUCCGCAGACAAACCAACGUCCACUUUGGUUUCAACACUCUGUCUUUAGCCAUGCGGGGACUGGAUGAAACGCCUGCCGAGCUGUGGGAACUCAGAGAUCUUCAGAAGCUGAACUUAUCCAUGAACUGUCUAUGCUCCUUGCCUCCCUCUCUGAGUGCUCUGGACAAUCUGGUCAUUCUCAACUUGUGGGGAAACAACCUGACCAGCCUCCCGCCUGAGAUAGGUCUGCUGAAGAAGUUGCGCGUGCUGUUCGCGUGUCGCAACCGCCUGAGUGAGGUCCCAGAGGAGCUUGGCUCAUGCACACAACUGGAAGUGCUAAGUUUAGCCAACAACCAGAUCUCCAGUCUUCCCAGCAGCUUGGCAGCCAUGCAUCAUUUGACCAAACUCAACCUCAGUCACAACCGCAUUGUCCACAUCCCCACUUGCAUCUACAGCAUGAAAGGACUGGUCUUCCUGCAUUUGGCUUGCAACCAUCUGGAGACCAUCGCUGAUCAGAUUCAAGACCUGGUUAACCUGAAGAUCCUUAUCGUGGAGGGAAACAGCAUACACACGCUUCCAAAGACUCUGUGUUUUCUGGAGUCAUUAGAGCUCCUUAAUGUGGACUUUAACGAGCUGCAAAGUGUGCCUGAUGAGAUGUACCAACUGAGCAGACUCAGGCGGUUGGCCUGCCAUCCCCUGGAUAAAGGACUUCAUAUCAUUCACAACCCACUCCUCAAACCUAUCCAUGAGGUACUGCAAGGUGGACUCAGUGCUUUAUAUAACUACCUUAAGCCUACAUAA